UAAAAGCUUUUAAAGUUUCUCGUAUUUGUUUUCACAUUAAAUUAAAAACAGUUUGUUAUCAUAAAGUAUCUAUGUUCUGGAAUAUUUAUGGGAUAUUUCUUGGUUCACUUUAGAUGUAAAUGUUUAAAUGUAGCUUUAGUGAGUUGUAGACACCAGAAGAGUGUACUUAAGUAUGAUUAUUGUCUUGUAGGUAGCUGCGUAGUAGGCUUAUCUGAUAAGUUGAAUAACCCCAACGAGAUAAGACAGAUAUCAGCCGAAAGAACUCUUGGCGGUGGGAACCUGUUCUCUCCCCAAGGCUGUUAAUUGUGAAGAAUACUAUUAAGUUAUCUUGCUUUUUUUUUAUUGGGAUUUCCAAAGUGCAAAUUUCAUUUAAAAAAUUUUUAAAUCUGGCCACAAACAUGAAUUGCAGGAUGUUAACACUUAGUUCUGUGUGUGUGUAGUCAUUUUAGAUUGUGCUACGAUACACACACACUCACACGAACAAACACACAUUUUUAUGCUUGAAACCUUUUUCUUUUAACCUUUUUUUUUAGCCUUUUGGGAAAUGUUGUGCUAUAGUUAUAUGCCAUACAUGUAACUGUAUUGAAUUGUUUGAUACAGUUAAGAGCAGUUUUUUUUAACAAAGUAUUUAAAUUUUUUUCAUUUUAGUUUUAACAUGUUAGUCCAACAAAUUACAUAAGGAGAAUGGACAUGAUAUACUAAAAAAAAAAUUUUUAAAAAUAAUAACGUUAGGACACUAUAAUGGGGAAAGAUCCACCAGGCUAAAGAAGAUCUAGUACAGACUUCAGAAGUUCCAGAUCCUCAAGCAAGUUCCUUGUAUGUGAAAAUAUACACAGUUGGUGUGUAUGCACGUGUGGUUGUAAGUCCAAAGGCUGGUUGUAUCCCACCCAGUCCUGGAGUUAGUCUGCACUAAUUUGAGCCCAAAUGCCACCUGACCACUCACAAAGCACUAGGAACUGACGGAACAUGGAGAAGACGUACGUACCGACGCCAGGAAUCGGACAGAGUUGAGUGUCCAGUUCCGUCACCUUCGUAGCUGCCGAUCAGUGAUACUGCAACGUUUGCAGGCUGAUGAUAGCGGGUUAUCGAGAGAAGCCAAGAUCCCCGGGUAAAACAAUUUUGUUGGGCUCCCUCCCUAUUAUUGUAAAGUACAAUUUUUCAAACCCCACGAUUAAAAAAAAAUAUCUAAACACUGUAAAUGUUACCAUGGCCAUAAUAUUUUUACGUGAUAUGUAGAGACAAGAUUUUAUUGUUUUUUUUUUAAGCCGCUUUCAUUUAUAAAACAUGAUAUUUCUGUGUUAUUUUUGAUAAUUUUUACUAGUUUUGUUCAUUCUUAACAGAACACAAAUGUUUCUUUAUACUUAUGUCACGAAAACUGUUUCAUUUUGACUGAUACAUGAUGCAAUUUUUCAAUAUAACAAUUUGUAAUAAGCAUUUCUAACUAGUCUGAACAAUAAACAUAAAUUCUAUGUUUGAAAAAUUUACCAAUGACGUAAUGUAGAAAUAAUUUACUUAUAACAGUUGCGAAAUCAAACAAAGUAAAAAUUUUAGUAAUACAUUUUGGUACAAACUUUAUGCUAAAUCAGUUCCAUUACAUAAAGUUAACUAUAUCAAAAUAUUGUACUUAUUUAAUUUUAAUUAAGUUUUGAUUAAAAUUAUAAUUAAUUAAAUACUUUUGGUUGCAUUUCUGGGUUUUAUGGUGCAUAGACAAGCUUUGUGGUGUUAUUUUGUUUCAAACGCAAUUUACCAUAUAGUCUUGUUCUUAGUGAUGUGUGUGUGUAUCAUAUUACUUGUAAUGUUUCCUAUGGUUUUAUUAACAAUAGACUUCUAUUCUUCAUCCUAUGAGGGUAAACCCAUUAAUUUCACAGUAACCACAGAACUACCACCCCUGGUUGGACCCAGGCACUUGUGGGUUCCCCUCACCUCCCUCCCUCUUGCCCCUCCAUCAUGAUGGCCCUGUAUUCUGUGCUCAGCUGAAGGAAAUGUGCAAGUGUAAGGGCUCAGAAAGUGUAUCAUUCUUUUAAAAUAGGAUAUUGUAAAGUUUUACAGCUGCUCUGUUAUUAAGUUUUGUGAAUUUUUUUUUACAUGUUGGCACUGAUUUUGACUGGAAAAUUAUGUGUCAGAACCCAAGAUACACCAUCCUGCAAGUUUUGAUUAGAAAUGCUAAAAUCUUGUCAUUCCUGGAAAUUGAAAAGCUUUUAAAAAAGACUUCAAACGUAGAAAAUAAACUAUAAUUUUAGAACAGAGAUGACUGUCUAGUUGCUUGUGUAGCCCAUUUAAUAGUAUGUAGCUCUUUUAUAUUGUAUUUUUAUUGUGAGAUGUCAGAAAGCCAGGUCAGAAUCUGUAGUCGUCAGACUUUGGGAUGUUUCGUGAUGUUUUAAGAGCCUGUAAACCCUGUAACUUGUAAGCUGCAAAUAGGUCCAUUUCAUUUUGUAACGUUUAGGCAAAUUUAUCAAAGCAUAUUAAUUUCUUUACGUCAGUACUCAAGUACAUUCUGUCAAAGGAAAAGGGGUCAUGAUGAUAGCAGAUGUUAAGUUUUAUUAAUCAGUUUUCUUGUAAAAAAAUUGUCAUGUAGAAUACUUGUUUUUCAGCAAAAAAAAAAAUGUUUAUAAUUUAUCAGCAUAUGAUUUGUGGUUUUAUCACUUAAAAAUUGUAUCUUAUCAUGCCUUCCUGAGUUUUAUUUCGUAGAUAAAACGAGCCACUCACGUAAAGUAAUUAGUUGUCAGUGAGGGUUUGUGAAGAGAGAACUCGAGGACUCAACAUUGGAAUCUCCGUCUCGGGACUCGGCUGUCUACUUCAGCAGAUGCAGUGCACGGGACGUUUCAUUCCAUUCCAUCACACAAGAGCAGCAAGAGCCUACAGGAGAAGAAGACACUCACAAUGAUACAGCAGCUCAUCGUGUUGGCGUGCAUGUUGGGGGCGAAUUUGGCUCUCGACAAUGGGCUGGCCCUCACUCCACCAAUGGGGUUCAUGUCCUGGGAGAGGUAUCGCUGCAUCGUAGACUGUGUCAACUACCCGAAUGAAUGUAUCAGCGAGAAGCUAUUCAAGAAGGUGGCGGACCUGAUUGUUUCCGAAGGCUACGCGGACGUGGGCUACGAGUACGUCAUCAUCGACGACUGCUGGCCCGCGCACCAACGCGACGCGGAGGGGAAGCUCCAGCCGAACGCGACACGCUUCCCCAGCGGCUUGAAGCAUUUGUCCGACUACAUCCACUCCAAAGGCCUCAAGUUCGGCCUGUACGAGGACUACGGCAACUACACGUGCGGCGGCUACCCUGGAGUCCUCGGCCACUUGGAGACCGACGCCAACUCGUUUGCGGCGUGGGGCGUGGACUACGUGAAGCUGGACGGCUGCUACGCCAAGUACGCGGACAUGCAGGAAGGGUACAUAGAGUUUGGCAACUAUCUCAACAAAACAGGCCGACCAAUGGUGUAUUCAUGCAGUUGGCCAGCGUACAUGAACGCAACACAGGUGGACUACGAGGUGCUGCAGAAGACGUGCAACUCGUGGAGGAACUACGACGACAUCGCCGACUCGUGGGGGAGCGUGGUCGCCAUCAUGAACUGGUUCGGCAAGGAGCAGGAUCUCAUCGCCCGGCACGCGGGGCCCGGCCACUGGAACGACCCCGACAUGCUGAUCGUCGGUGACUACGGGCUGAGCUACGACGAGAGCAAGGCGCAGAUGGCCGUGUGGGCCGUGCUGGCCGCGCCGCUGCUGCUGUCCGUCGACCUGGCCGCCGUGGCGCCCCGGUUCAAGGCCAUCCUGCAGAACAGGGACGUCAUAGCCGUGAACCAGGACCCGCUGGGGGUGCAGGGGCUGAGGGUGUCCCAGGUCAACAACAUAGACGUGUGGACGCGUUGCGUCACGCCCAAAGUGGGGAGUGAGUGCUCUUACGCGGUUGCCAUCGUCAGCCGGAGGACCGACGGGAACCCAGUCCUGGUCUCCUACGUUCUCAAGGACAUAGGCUUGAACAACUCAGCAGGCUACAACUUCACGGAACUAUACGAUGGUACUAAAAUGGUUCUGUCUUCUCCGAAUGCAACACUCGUCACGAGAGUGAAUCCUUCAGGAGUUGCUUUUUACAAAGCAACUGCCAUCGUAGUAUGAAGUGCAGUUGGUUUUAACAUGAUGAUAAUGUAACUUUGUAAGUAAAGUAUUGUAUUUAACAGUCAUUAAAAUAUUAUGUGUGUUUUGUACCUUUAAA